CAAAGAAAUGACUAAUAGCAAGAAAAUGAUAAUCGUAUUUGUCUUUACUAUCCUCUUUGUCAUGUCUUCUGUUCAUUCCUCUGAUAGCACUCUUGGUUACAAUGUCAGAAGAAAGCAAGCGCAUGAACAAUGCUACAGUCCAUGCACGAGUGGGGACGAAGAAUGUGAUUUAUGUUGUGCUCGAACAAGUGAUAUAUACUUUGGUAAAUGUAUUAGUCGCAAAUGUCAUUGUUUGGUUAAGACUGAAAUAAUCUAAUCAACUCUAUGUAUCCGCUAAAAAUAUUAAAUAACCUAAUUUUAAAGAAAAUAUAAUUACAUCUUUAAC